UUCCUCACUCUUCUAUGGCUGCAAUUCUCCAUUCUGCAGCAUCACAAUAAUUUAAGAGGAAGCACACCUGCUCUGAGAGUGCAGCCGUCAAUGGCUCAGCCGGAGCAGAGCGAGCAGCCAUGGGAGUACACCCUGCGGAAGUACCUCCUGCUGCUGGCCACCCUGGUGGUCAACGUGACGUACGCCGCGGGCUUCAACCCGCCGGGAGGGGUCUGGCAGGCCGCCUACGACGGCCAACCCGCCGGCGACCCGAUCAUCCGCGACACCCACUACCACCGCUACCUCGCCUUCUUCUACUGCAACGCCACCGCCUUCGCCGCCUCGCUCGUGGUCAUCGUGCUCAUCCUCAUCCUCGCCGUCCGGCACGACAAGGAGAAGGAGAAGAAGAAGAAGGACGCCGUUCAGGUCAUCAAGCCACUGCGGGUCGUCAUGGUGUUGGACCUGCUCGGCCUCGUGGGCGCCUACGGCGCUGGAACCUGCCGGGAUAGGAUUUCCAUCAUCUACACCGCGGUUCUGGUGGCCGCUGUCUUCGCCUACAUUGUAGUUCUCAAGUUGCUGGACCGGUGUCGUCCAAACAAGAACCCCGGCUCUAGCUCCAGCGGCGCCACCCCCAUCUCUGAAACCAACAACGGGGUCAGCGCAACUACCACCCCUGACCUCGAAUCUGACCGCAAGGUCGCUGAAAAGGCGUUGAAAACCGAAGAACAGCUCUGCAAGGUCCUGAUGCUUCUCGCGACGUUCGCGGUGAGCAUCACAUACGUCGCCGGACUGAGCACGCCCGGUGGCUUCUGGGACAGCACCGGCGGCAGGCAUCACCCUGGCGACGCGAUUCUCAGGGACCAACGCGGCCAGCGCCUGACCGCGUUUUUCCUCUUCAACACCACGGCGUUCGUGGCGUCCCUGCUCAUCGCCAUGCUGCUCAUCAUCGAUGGAAAGAAGCUCCGUGACAAGACGGCUCGGUUUCACGUGCUCUAUGUGUGCAUCUUUGCCGUGCUUGUUGGCCUCCUCGGCGCAUACGCUGCCGGGAGCUGCAGGAAAACCGACACCACAGUCUACGUGGUCUCCCUCGUCGGCGCCGUUCUUGCAUACAUUCUCCUCCAUCUCUUCUGCAGUCCAGCCCAACAAAAUGAUGGAAAUCAACAGAGUAAUGAUGCUAGUGGUAGGGAGGCUCUGGACAAGGCUCGCUCUCUUGUUCUACUGCUCGCCACUCUUGCCGCCACCAUCACCUACACAGCGGGGUUGGACCCGCCGGGUGGCGUUUGGCAGGACAACGGUGACGGGCACAUGGCUGGCGACCCCAUCCUCCUCGCGACAAACGCUAGGAGGUACAAGGCCUUCUACUACUGCAACUCGGUUGCGUUUGUGGCCUCAUUGGUGGUCAUCAUCUUGGUCCAGAUGGAGAAGCUGGUCAAGCACCAUGUGCUGGAGGCAGCCAUGAUACUCGACCUGUUUGGCCUCAUCGGUGCAUAUGCCGCUGGGAGCUGCCGGAACGUGAAUACCUCCAUUUACGUCAUGGCUUUGGCAGGGGCUGUCUUGAUCUAUGUGGUGAUCCAUGUUGUCUUCUUCACGCUGGAUCACAGGGACCAAAACAACAACGACCAAGAAGAUCAGUUGCUGGAGAAGAAGCGCAAACGGUUGCUCCUCUUCGCGAUCUUGACCGCGACCAUCACCUACCAAGCCAGCCUCACCCCUCCUGGUGGCUUCCUGCUGCAGGACGACAAGCUCGGCCACCACACCGGUGACCCGGUCCUCCUGUACAACUACCCACGCCGCUACCAUGCCUUCUUCUACUGCAACUCGGUGAGCUUCAUGUUGUCCAUCGCGCUCAUCAUCCUCCUGGUGAACCCCAAUCUGUACAGGCCAGCAAUACGAAGCAAUGCACUAUCUGUUUGUACGGCGGUGGGCUGUUUUUGUUUGAUGGGGGCCUACGCUGCCGGAAGCACCCAACACAUCAAGACAUCCGUCUACAUCUUCGUGUUGGUGGCUGUGGUCCUCUGUGUUGCAGCAGGACUGCUGCUAGUAUUUUUGUUGAGGGAGCUGAACAAAAAUGGUGCAGCACCUGCUGCGCCAUCCAGACCCACUGGACAGGAGGGCGGCCAAGAAGAAAACAGAAAUGGCAUCUCAGCAGCUGAUGUGCCAUCCAGACCCACUGGACAGGGGGACGAAGAAGAAGAAAACAGAGAUGGCAUCUCGGCAGCUGAUGCACUAUCCAUACCUAUUGAACAGGAGGAAGAAGAAAAAGCAAAGAAUGAAAAGAGGAAGAACCAUGCAAGGCGCAAAUACCUGAUGCUGCUAGGUAUCUUGGUGGCGAGCGUAGCCUACCAGGCUGGCCUAGAACCCCCCGGCGGGACGUGGCAGAACAACGACAACAGGUACAAGGCGGGCAACCCGGUGAUGCAUGACAACAUGAGGCCCCGGUACCUUGUCUUCUUCUACAGCAACUCCAUUUCCUUUGUGGCUUCCAUCGUUGUCAUCAUCAUGCUGCUGCCGCAUUGGCUGCCAGACGAGAGGGAAGAAGAAUGGAAGACAUGGUCGCUGAAGGUGAUGAACCGGGCGAUCAGACUGGAUCUGUUUGCUCUCCUGGUGGCCUAUGCAGCCGGCUCCAACAGGGGGUGGAAGACGUCUGUGAUUGUGGUCACGCUCAUCAUCGCCGUGCUGAGCUACUUUGCAAUCCAUAUGAUACUAUCAUGCACCGUUUGUCAAGGUAAGAAGACCCAAGGCACAUCUGCAAGCUUACAGCAUGUUGCCAUGACGCAUAAGAGCAGCAACCAGAAUCCUCCAGCACAGCGUGAUUCAUUAUCAGUGUGAUCAGUGGUGUAGCUCCACAAACGUGAGGGCAGUCCACAAAGUAAUCCCAAAUUCAGCGCGACCGAUCAUCUACCUAUUUCUCUCUGGCUCUAGAUCUGUAAUCAUCUUAGCUCUGUCCAAUCUCCCUGCUCCAGCUAGCUCGCCCUGUUUUUAGACUCCUGGUCUAGUUGAUGUAAGCGGAUGAAUAAGUUGCAUCCCAAUUGGAGCAUGCUGGCAUUGUCUCU